AUGGCUACCUGGGUUCCUCCUCCUCUGGGUCAUUAUAAACUCCACUUUGAUGGUGCUUCUAGGGGGAACCCGGGUAUGGCAGGGGCUGGUAUGGCUAUUCUAGAUCAUAAUGCAGUCUUAAUAUUGGCUCAAUGUCAUGCCCUUAGGUCUCAGUCAAACAACUUUGCUGAAUCUGAAGCUCUGUCACUUGGGAUUGACAUGGCUAUUUCCCUUGGGAUAAAACAUCUUCACAUUCAGGGGGAUUCAAUGGUUGUUAUCCAAAGUGUUUUGAAUUGUAAAAAUUUCCUGGCUAAUUUGGCAAUUGACUCAGCUGCUUUUCAUAAGAUUAUGGAAAGAGAUGACAUCCCUCACGAUGUCCUCCUCGAGUAUAUGCCUCUUCCCAAAUAUUAA